ACAACUUUCGCCCACGUGGCUUAAUCAGUCUUCUCUCCUCGGCCACAAAUGAAAAUACAAAGACAACAAUCCAAGCAAAGCUAACUUCUGUUCGUUGCCACUGAUUAUAAAACCAAUCAAAAUAUAGACAAACAGCACUAUUACACAAACCCAAAGACCAAUUUCAUAAAAAAAAGAAAAACGGGGGAAAAAAAGAAAGAGAAGCAACACCCAUAAACCAAAUGGAGUCAGUUGGUGUUUUAAUGACCUGCCCACCAAUCUAUCCAUACCUAAUAGAACAGCUAGAGAAACGUUUCACUCUUUACCAGUUCCAAAACGUUCCAGACAAAACUCAAUUCCUCAAUUCUCACAAAAACUCAAUCAGGGCCGUAGUGGGUAAUGCUGGGUUUGGUGCUGAUGCAGAAUUGAUUGAUCAGUUACCUAAAUUGGAAAUAGUUUCUAGUUAUAGUGUCGGGCUUGAUAAGGUCGAUUUAGCUAAGUGUAAGGGAAAGGGUAUAAGGGUAACUAAUACACCUGAUGUCUUGACUGAUGAUGUAGCUGAUUUGGCUAUUGGGUUGAUGUUAGCUGUUUUGAGAAGGUUGUGCGAGAGCGAUCGUUAUGUUCGAAGUGGUCAAUGGAGAAAGGGUGAUUAUAAGUUGACUACUAAGUUCACUGGGAAAUCAGUUGGCAUUAUUGGGUUGGGCAGGAUAGGCAUGGCAAUUGCCAAGAGAGCUGAAGCAUUUAGCUGUCCAAUUAGUUACUUUGCUAGAUCAGAGAAACCAGACAUGAAGUACAAAUACUAUCCAAGCGUUGUCGAGUUGGCUGCCAACUGUCAAAUUCUUGUUGUUGCAUGUGCACUAACAGAAGAAACUCACCACAUUGUCAAUCGUGAAGUCAUUAAUGCAUUAGGUCCAAAGGGCGUCCUCAUCAACAUCGGCAGAGGACCUCAUGUUGAUGAACCAGAGCUGGUGUCUGCAUUACUUGAAGGCAGGCUAGGCGGUGCUGGGCUUGAUGUGUUUGAAGAUGAGCCUAAUGUACCUGAGCAGCUAUUCAGCCUUGAAAAUGUAGUCCUCCUGCCCCAUGUAGGAAGUGGCACGGUCGAAACCAGGACAGCAAUGGCAGACCUUGUUGUUGGCAAUUUGGAAGCUCACUUCUUAAAUAAACCUCUAUUAACUCCGGUGGUCACACCUUAUUCUCAUCUGUUGUUCCAAAUUACAAGCGAAACGCAGAACCAUCCAUACAAAAUUAACCUGUGUUUGCUGAAAACCACGCUCCAAUCAAAUUACAAACGCAGCCACAAUUCAAACUGCACUCUUCCUCAUAAACGGGAAGGAGAUUCCAUAACCAAAAAAAAAACCCUAAGGCAACGAAACAAACAGAGAGCACAACCAAUGGAGUCGAUCGGUGUUCUCAUGACCUGCCCUCCGAUGAACCCUUACCUAGUUGAAGAACUAGAGAAGCGCUUCACCCUUUACAACCUUUAUAACAUCCCUGACAAGACCCAGUUCCUCAAUUCGCACAGUAAUUCAAUCCGAGCCGUCGUGGGUAAUUCCGGGUAUGGUAUCGACGCUGAUUUGAUUGAUCAAUUACCCAACCUGGAGAUAGUGUCUAGUCACAGUGUGGGGCUAGACAAGGUGGACUUGGCCAAGUGUAAGGAGAAAAGAAUAAGGGUCACUAACACACCUGAUGUGUUAACGGAUGAUGUUGCUGACUUGGCUAUUGGGCUGAUGCUGGCUGUGAUGAGGAGGCUGUGUGAAAGCGAUCAGUAUCUUAGGAGUGGUAAAUGGAAAAAGGGUGACUACAAGUUGACUACUAAGUUCACUGGGAAAUCAGUUGGUAUUAUUGGAUUGGGUAGGAUUGGCAUGGCAAUUGCCAAGAGAGCUGAAGCAUUUAGCUGUCCUAUUAGUUACUAUGCCAGAACAGAGAAAACAGUUGUAAAUUACAAAUACUAUCAAAGCGUUGUUGAGAUGGCUGGAGACUGUCAAAUCCUUGUUGUUUCAUGCGCUUUAACAGAAGAAACCCGCCACAUUGUUAAUCGUGAAGUCAUCGAUGCACUAGGUCCAAAGGGCAUCCUAAUCAACAUUGGUAGAGGUUCUCAUGUUGAUGAACCUGAGCUGGUGUCUGCACUACUUGAAGGGAGACUAGGUGGUGCUGGGCUUGAUGUGUUUGAGGAUGAACCUAAUGUACCUGAGCAGCUAUUCGGCCUUGAAAAUGUAGUCCUCCUCCCCCAUGUAGGAACCCGCACCUUCGAGACUAGGAUAGCCAUGGCAGACCUUGUUGUUGGCAACCUGGAAGCACACUUUUCAAACAAACCUCUGUUGACUCCAGUAGUUUGAUUUUCACUUGAUGUAUGCAACGAAGGAAAUAUUUUCACCAUCAUUUAUAGUUCUUGCUCUUUUAAGACAUUUUGUUAGUAUCUGCAUCUGUAUCAAUUGUCAAAUAAACUAGUCAAGAUUAUUGGUUGGAAACAGAUGACUGAAAUUUCCUUUUAGCAAAUUUUACAUAUUAUCUUUUUGUGAUUUCAUUUAUCUUUCCUACUUAAGGAGCCAAUUUUCAUUCCCAGAUUGCAAA